CAGCACCUUUUGUUUAGAAGCCCUCUGUUGCAGGCGAAGAGAGCAGCCGAUUAACUCGUCUUCAUCAUCUCCAGACACAAGAAGAUCUUCAUCAUGAGGAGCGCUCACAUCCUCCUGCUGUGCAUGCUGGGAGCUGCUCUGUUCUCCUCCGUCCUCAGCAGCAGUGCAAUCGGCCCCGACGACUGCUGCUUCAAAUUCUACCCGAGGAGGUUGAACAAAAACAAGGUCCGCUCGUAUUACAUGACCGAUGAACGCUGCCCGAAGACCGGAGUCAUCCUGGUCACGCAGAAGUCUGUUAGCAUCUGUGUGGAUCCAAACCUCACCUGGGUCGAGAGCAUCUUGAGGAGUGUGGAUGAGUCUCGCUUUUAAACCAACUUCCUGCCAGUCCAUGCACUAUAACAGCAUGCCCAUAUAUGGUCGUUAUGUUUGUAUUGAUGUGAAAAUCUUCUCAAAGCGAGAAGAACCUAUUAAACCAUGAACAUGCUUACAAACAGACUUACUAUCCUUUGUCUUUAUCAUAACUUUAAAAUGUUUUUUAACUCAGCUUUUUAAACAUCUUAAUAAAAAAAUCACUCUUCA